CAAGUAUAAACCGGCUUUAAAACGCAGAACAAUAAAAUACAGCUGGUUUAUUGCUGAUUUGACUAAUACCGCUGGUCACAAUGUGCAGCAACGGCCUGUAUUUGCUUUAUCACAGGAUUUUAUUACCAAAGAUUAGACACACAGACGACGGUAUGAAAUCUUUUGAGUCAUUUCAAGUACAGGAUGAUGACAUUAUUGCAGUUACUUAUCCCAAAUCUGGUACAACAUGGAUGCAGGAAAUUCUUCCCCUGCUUCUGAAUGGAGGGGAUUUUACACCAGUACUGACCAUCCCCAACUGGGACAGAGUGCCUUGGCUUGAGGAGACACGUGCUGCUGAAAUCGCAGAAAAGCUGAGUGCUCCACGGGCCUUCGUGUCUCACAUGCCUUAUCAUCUGAUGCCUUCCUCUUUCUUCUCUUCUAAGGCUAAGGUCAUUUAUGUUUCUAGAAACCCAAAAGAUGUCCUGGUUUCCUCUUUUCAUUUCCAUCAAAUGGCCAGUUUUCUGCAUGACCCAGGAACCUUGGAAGAAUUUGCAGACCAAUUCCUAGCAGGGAAUGUGAUGUUUGGAAAGUGGACAGAUCAUGUGAAGAGCUGGAGAAACACGGAUCUGGGUGACAGAAUCUUUUAUGUCACGUACGAGGAGAUGAUUCAGGAUCUGCAUGGUGUUCUCGAACGCAUGUUAUUCUUUCUUGGUAAGUGCCUGAGCAAAGAAGCUCAGACCCGUGUGACUGAACACUGUGCAUUUAUAAAUAUGAAGCAAAACAAAAUGUCCAACUAUUCACUGGUGCCAGAGGCGGUAAUGGACACCAAGAAGUCUACUUUUCUCAGAAAAGGAAUUGUUGGAGAUUGGAAGAAUUAUUUCAGCCCAGAGUUGGAGUCGAAGUUCAACACAGCAAUUUGUGAAGAAUUAAAGGGAACUGACAUCAAAUUCCCCAUAUAAUAAUUGUCAUGAUUCUAUUAUACCAAAGUUUGUGCUUAUAAUUUAAAUUAUAAUUUGGUAUGAUUUAAACAAAAUAACAA